CCCGCCGGCGGUGCCCGGGGCCAUGUGAGCCGGGCGCGGAGCGAAGAUGCGGGCGGCCACCGCGCUGCGCGUCUGGCUGAGCCUCCUGGCGGCCGCGGGCUCGCUCCGGCGCGGCGCGGCGCAGGCAGUGUGUGCAGGAACAGAGAACAAGCUGAGCUCCCUCUCGGACCUGGAGCAGCAGUACCGAGCCCUGCGCAAGUACUAUGAGAACUGCGAGGUCGUCAUGGGCAACCUGGAGAUCACCAGCAUCGAGCACAACCGGGACCUCUCCUUCAUGCGGUCUAUUCGAGAAGUCACGGGCUAUGUGUUGGUGGCUCUUAACCAGUUCCGUUACCUGCCUCUGGAGAAUUUACGCAUCAUCCGUGGGACAAAACUGUAUGAGGAUCGAUACGCCUUGGCAAUAUUUUUAAACUACAGAAAAGAUGGCAACUUUGGGCUGCAAGAACUUGGACUGAAGAACUUGACAGAAAUCCUAAAUGGUGGUGUCUACGUAGACCAGAACAAGUUUCUUUGUUACGCAAACACAAUCCAUUGGCAAGAUAUUGUUCGGAAUCCGUGGCCUUCCAACUUGACUCUGGUGUCCACAAAUGGUAGCUCAGGAUGUGGACGCUGCCAUAAGUCCUGUACUGGCCGAUGCUGGGGACCCACAGAGAACCAUUGCCAGACUUUGACAAGGACGGUGUGUGCAGAACAAUGUGAUGGCAGAUGCUAUGGACCCUACGUCAGUGACUGCUGUCAUCGAGAGUGUGCUGGAGGCUGCUCAGGUCCGAAGGACACCGACUGCUUUGCCUGCAUGAAUUUCAAUGACAGUGGAGCAUGUGUGACUCAGUGUCCCCAAACCUUUGUCUACAACCCAACCACCUUUCAACUGGAGCAUAACUUCAAUGCCAAGUACACAUAUGGAGCAUUUUGUGUCAAGAAAUGCCCACAUAACUUUGUGGUCGAUUCCAGUUCUUGCGUGCGUGCCUGCCCUAGUUCCAAGAUGGAAGUGGAGGAAAACGGGAUUAAAAUGUGCAAACCUUGCACUGAUAUUUGCCCAAAAGCUUGUGAUGGCAUCGGCACAGGGUCCCUGAUGUCAGCGCAGACUGUGGAUUCCAGCAACAUCGACAAAUUCGUAAACUGCACCAAGAUCAAUGGGAAUUUGAUCUUCCUUGUCACCGGCAUUCAUGGGGACCCUUACAAUGCGAUUGAAGCUAUAGACCCAGAAAAGCUGAAUGUAUUUCGGACAGUUCGAGAGAUAACAGGUUUCUUGAACAUACAGUCAUGGCCCCCAAACAUGACUGACUUCAGUGUUUUUUCUAACCUGGUGACCAUCGGAGGAAGAGUCCUCUACAGUGGCCUCUCCUUGCUUAUCCUCAAGCAACAAGGCAUCACUUCCCUGCAGUUCCAGUCCCUGAAGGAAAUCAGUGCAGGAAACAUCUAUAUCACUGACAACAGCAACCUGUGCUACUACCACACCAUCAACUGGACCACGCUCUUCAGCACCGUCAGCCAAAGAAUAGUGAUUCGAGACAACAGGAAGGCUGAAAACUGUACUGCUGAAGGAAUGGUGUGCAACCAUCUGUGCUCCAGCGAUGGCUGCUGGGGACCCGGGCCAGACCAGUGCCUGUCCUGUCGUCGCUUCAGCCGGGGAAGGACCUGCAUAGACUCUUGUAACCUCUACGAUGGAGAAUUCCGGGAGUUUGCGAACAGCUCCAUCUGUGUGGAGUGUGACCCCCAGUGUGAGAAGAUGGAAGAUGGCAUCCUCACGUGCCAUGGACCGGGACCUGACAACUGUACAAAGUGCUCCCAUUUUAAGGAUGGCCCAAACUGUGUGGAGAAAUGCCCAGAUGGCUUACAGGGGGCAAACAGCUUCAUUUUCAAGUAUGCUGAUGAGGACCGGGAGUGCCACCCAUGCCAUCCAAACUGCACACAAGGGUGUAGCGGUCCCACUAGUCAUGACUGCAUUUACUACCCUUGGACGGGCCAUUCCACUUUACCACAACAUGCUAGAACUCCUCUAAUCGCAGCCGGAGUCAUCGGAGGCCUUUUCAUCCUGGUCAUUGUGGCUCUCACGUUUGCGGUUUACGCGAGAAGGAAGAGCAUCAAGAAGAAAAGAGCCUUGAGGAGAUUCCUGGAAACAGAGUUGGUAGAACCCUUGACUCCCAGUGGCACAGCGCCCAAUCAAGCUCAGCUUCGCAUUUUGAAAGAAACUGAACUCAAAAGAGUCAAAGUGCUUGGUUCAGGUGCUUUCGGAACCGUGUAUAAGGGUAUCUGGGUACCUGAAGGAGAAACAGUGAAGAUUCCUGUGGCUAUUAAGAUUCUUAAUGAAACAACUGGUCCCAAAGCCAAUGUGGAAUUCAUGGAUGAAGCUCUGAUCAUGGCAAGUAUGGACCAUCCACAUUUAGUCCGGUUAUUGGGGGUGUGUCUGAGCCCCACCAUUCAGCUGGUGACACAGCUCAUGCCCCACGGCUGUCUGUUGGAUUACGUCCAUGAACACAAGGAUAACAUUGGUUCACAGCUGCUGCUUAACUGGUGUGUCCAGAUAGCUAAGGGAAUGAUGUAUCUGGAAGAAAGACGGCUUGUCCAUCGCGAUCUGGCCGCCCGUAAUGUCUUAGUGAAAUCUCCCAACCAUGUGAAAAUCACGGAUUUUGGACUAGCCAGACUCUUGGAAGGAGAUGAAAAGGAGUAUAAUGCUGAUGGAGGAAAGAUGCCAAUUAAGUGGAUGGCUCUGGAGUGUAUCCACUAUAGGAAAUUCACCCAUCAAAGUGAUGUCUGGAGCUAUGGAGUCACCAUAUGGGAACUGAUGACAUUUGGAGGAAAACCCUAUGAUGGAAUUCCAACCCGAGAAAUCCCUGACUUAUUGGAGAAAGGAGAACGUUUGCCCCAGCCUCCUAUCUGCACUAUUGACGUUUACAUGGUCAUGGUCAAAUGUUGGAUGAUUGAUGCUGACAGUAGACCUAAAUUUAAGGAACUGGCUGCUGAGUUUUCCAGGAUGGCUCGGGACCCGCAAAGAUAUUUAGUUAUUCAGGGUGAUGAUCGUAUGAAGCUUCCCAGUCCAAACGAUAGCAAGUUCUUUCAGAAUCUCUUGGAUGAAGAAGAUUUAGAAGAUAUGAUGGAUGCUGAGGAAUACUUGGUCCCUCAGGCUUUCAACAUCCCACCUCCCAUCUAUACAUCCAGAGCAAGAAUCGACUCAAAUAGGAGUGAAAUUGGACACAGCCCUCCUCCCGCCUACACCCCCAUGUCAGGAAACCAGUUUGUGUACCGAGAUGGGGGUUUCGCUGCGGAACAGGGGGUGCCCAUGCCCUACAGAGCCACGACCAGCACCAUCCCAGAAGCUCCCGUGGCUCAGGGGGCCACGGCCGAGAUGUUUGAUGACGCCUGCUGCAACGGCACCCUCCGCAAGCCAGUGGCCCCCCACAUCCAAGAGGAUAGCAGCACCCAGAGGUACAGUGCCGACCCCACCGUGUUCGCCCCGGAACGCAGCCCACGAGGGGAGCUGGAUGAAGAAGGCUACAUGACGCCGAUGAGAGACAAACCCAAACAAGAAUAUCUGAACCCUGUAGAGGAGAACCCCUUUGUUUCUCGGAGAAAAAACGGAGACGUUCAAGCUCUGGAUAACCCCGAAUAUCACAAUGCUUCCACUGGCCCCCCGAAGGCAGAGGAGGAGUAUGUGAACGAGCCGCUGUACCUCAACACCUUCGCCAACACGUUGGGGAACGCCGAGUAUCUGAAGGGCACCGGACUGUCUGUGCCGGAGAAGGCCAAGAAAGCGUUCGACAACCCUGACUACUGGAACCACAGCCUGCCCCCUCGGAGCACCUUCCAGCACCCAGACUACCUGCAGGAGUACAGCACAAAGUAUUUUUAUAAGCAGAAUGGACGGAUCCGGCCCAUCGUGGCAGAGAAUCCCGAAUACCUCUCUGAGUUCUCAUUGAAGCCAGGCACUGUGCUGCCUCCUCCGCCCUACAGACACCGGAAUACUGUGGUGUAGACUCAGCAGUGGUUUCAAGGUGGAAAGAUAUGCCCACUCCAAUGUCCCUGCCACCGCUCUUUCUCUUAUGGCCUCCCUUCUCCCAAGGCCAGUAGAUUUGCAACUUCCCAGGGGAAGCUGUAGAGAUGCAAUGCUAGUUAUGUGCUUAUCUAACUUGAACAUGAGAAGGAAGGACUAAAAGAGAAAGACAGGAAAGACCACACUGUUUCUUCAUUUCUCUGCAUGGGCUGGUCAGGAGACAGAACCAGCAUAUGCAAGGCAAUACUGCCAACUGUCAAACUAGUGUUCCAAUUUUUUUCUUUUUUUCAAAUUUCUUUCUAUCUUUUUUGAAAUGCAGAGUCUUCAAAGAUCCAUGCUAUCUGUUCCUGUCUACAGGAACUGCUGUGUACCAGUUUCAGCAUCCCUGAAAGCCCAAAUAACCUUUCCAUUAGAAUAAGAAAAAACAUAACCUUUUCUACAACGUGUAAUAUAACACAUGGAGACUCCCAAUUGCUUUCUCCCACUGUUUCUAUCCUGACAAGCAGGAGUGGCUAACUUAGCUUUCAUUUCUGAACCUACAUCAGAGUUAUAAUUUAAUUACGUUUGGAGGGCUUUCUUGUGUCCUUAUUUAUUAUUUUCCUUUUUGUUUUUGCUUUGCUCUAGUCCUUCAUAUUACUACUUUCUCCCCUAUUUUUGGCUUUAAUUUCUAAUUGCAAAUUUUUUAUACAUUGAUAUAAAUUGGCAGAAUU